UGACGGUCGCGAUAACGAUUGUGCCGACGCCACCCAAACAGUGUGCACAAACGAUGGAUACCGUCCGGUUGUGUUUCGCCGCCAACAUCGCGUUUCUCGUUGUCGCGAUUGACUGGUCAGCCGCCGACGCUGUGGUCUGUUGCAACAGUAGUUCAGUCGUGAGCGGCGGCGGAGUCCCGUCUUGCCAGAACGAAAAUCGGACGUUCCACACGGUCGAGGCGAUCGGCGGCGGUACGUGCGAUGACAACCAGACAGUCUUGCCGGUCCGGAAGUGCUGUCCGCCGGGCCAGCCGUACGAUCCGGAAGUGCGGUUCUGCGGACCAGCCGGUGCAGACGACGACGAGUAUCUGCGGCGGAUGAUGCAGCGACUGAGGGAUGAAUCCCGGGUGGUGGCCGAAGCGGUGGUGGUUGGUUAUGAUUAUGAGCAGCCAAAGUGCGACGCCACACAAUUGCUAGUCGACGUGCCCGCUGUGGAGGUGCGUGGGCUGAUGGAGGCCCAAUCGUCAGCCAUCGAGUUGCCGCCGGACUACUGCUUCGACCUGACGCCAUCCGAUGAGCUGGUGGCCCGAACGUGCCAGCCUCGUGACCAGUACUGCGGCCGGGACGGUUACACGUGCGUCAACAAGUGCUGCGAGCCUGACCAGAUGUACGUCAUCGAUGACGAUGGUCAGAUGUGCAAGCAGAGCGAGAAGCCGUUCACGAUGUCCGCCUAUGAAACAGACGCGGACGGCCGUCCUGUGGGCCAGUCGAACAGCACGGUGAUGCCGUACAACCUCGAACCCCGUUGUUUCACGAAACAAAUGGUGAAGGACGGAUUCAUAUUGACCACGGAUGGCAGCCUUUACCUUACCGACGAGAGCAAACGCAUCCCGGAAGUCUUGUACUGUGUGGAGUAUUACGCCGAGGCCGGUGCACAGGUGGCCGCGGUCCUGCAGGCGUUCGUGUGCGACGAUGACACAAGUGGCAGCUGGUUUAACUUGUUCAUUACGGUUAAUAGUCUGGCGUCAAUCGUGUGUCUGGCGUUCACGCUGCUCGUGUACAAUACACUUCCCAGCCUCCAGAACGGCCGCAACAAUUACGUCAAGCCCUACAUUGCCAUGGAGCUCGUUUCAUUCAUCUGCGCAGUAAUCAAAGAUUUUAAGAAUGACAUACAAGGUCAUACGUGCGUUCUAUACGGUUAUUUUCAUUUAUUUGCAUAUUUGGCAACAUUUUGCUGGUUAAACGUAAUAUGCUUCGAUAUUUACUGGAUGUUAAGGUACAACAUUUCAAUAAACAGAAAUACAUCAAUAUCAAUACGUACCAUUAUGUACCAUAAUAUUUACUGUUGGGGAUUUUCAAGUGUUUGCGUAUCUACUGGUUAUUUAUUUCAAUAUUCAGAAUACGAAACGCUACAGAAAUUAUCACCCGACAUUGGAGACCCUUUUUGCUGGUUUAAAGAAAAAACUCGCUACGGAAUUUUAAUUUUCUACCUGAUACCCUCCAGUGUUAUGCUGACUGCCAAUGUAAUUAUGUUCUUCUUAACUGCUAUAUAUUUUUUAAAAAUUAAAUCUGAGCUCAACGGAUUCAAAGGGUCAGAUUCAAAAACAGAAUGUUUUCAUGUUUAUAAAGAGAAAUUUGUAAUGAGCACCAAACUGUUUCUGAUUAUGGGAACCUCAUAUUUUUUUUGGAUACUAUGUUCUUUAUUCCAAAUUGAAGAGGGGAUCAUAUGGAACAGUUGUGAUGUAAUGACCAGUCUACAAGGAGUUAUCAUAUUUAUUAUAUUUUUGGCCAAACGCAAAGUAAUUAUGGACUUAUGGAAAAAAUUUAGAGGUUCAAUGGAUCACAGUGAAUCGACACAAAUCUCUGGGUCGCCAUAAAUGUGGCAUUGGGAAGUACUCAUAAAGGUUAUAAUGAUUUCUAAAUAAAUUGCAUUAUGAAUAUAUAAAUAUAUAUUAUUAUGUAAAUAUUAUUAUAUUAUUCUAUAUUAAGACUUAGGGCAUAAAAAAAUCAUUAUUUUUGUGUCUUUAAAUAUUUAAAUUAUACGUAUUUGUUUUUUGUAAUUAUUAUAAAAAUAAAAUAAUAGUUAUCAAUCAAAAAAUAAGAUCCAUCCAAUUGUAUAUUAGGUAUGGUUUAUUUUACUCCAAUAAUUUAUCUUUGUUCUAAAUACAUAGCAUAAUAUUUAUAUAAGAAAUGGAUAAAUCCUAUCUAAUAAAAUUACAAAAUAAAUGUUAAAUAGUGUAA